AUGUUUCCUUCAAAGAAAUACAGCCUUCCAGAUGAUAAACCCUCUUCUGAGAUUCCACCUCUCAAUGAUCAACUUGGAUCUCUAGAUAAUCUAUACUUCGAUUUCACCUCGCCACCUUAUCAAAAUGUGUUAAAGGGUUCAGAUUUCCAACUGGAAGAUCAAGACUACAAAAAAGAGUCACCGUUUGCUUCGCUUAGGAUCGUUAAAGACUUUGCAAGCAGAUCAAGAAAACUGAAGGGUGAAAAGAUUCACAUUCCAAGCGGAUCGCAAAAGCUGUCUACUAUCGAAAGAAUUCGGAUGGCUGGCCUGCUUUUCAUCGACUCUUCUUCAAAAGUAGAUGAAACAUCCAAUCCAAGCCAUCCAUUCCCAGCUUCAACAUCCGGGUUGUCGGAUGAUGAAGCUAAAGACAUUGAUCUUCUGCUUACUCUUCUAGCUUCAGCCGAUAAAACCGGUCAACAACAGUUUGAAGAAGCAAAUGAACUCAUUGAAUUGUGUAGUAAAACAUGUUCAAAUGAAGGAACUCCCGUUGAACGAUUGGUUUACUAUUUUUCGGAAGCUAUUCGCGAGAAAAUAAAUCGCGAAACAGGAAGAGAGGCGUCCGGUGGACUAGAAAGGAUGCGAGUGUUUGAUUUUCAAACGGCGGUGAUGAGCGUGGACGCGAGUAUCUUAGCAUUUCACAAGAAAGUCCCGUUGUCGCAGGUUUGCCAGUUCAGUGCAAUAAAUACACUACUCGAACACGUUCGAAGAGCGAGACAUAUCCACAUAAUCGAUCUCGAGAUCAGGAGCGGGAUGCAAUACACACUUAUGAUGCAGGCGAUCGCGAGCCGCAGCGAAUGGCAACUCAAGCACUUAAAGAUAACCGCAAUUGGUACAAGAUCAGAGUCCAAGAUAAAAGACACAUGCAACCAUCUUGCUGAGUUUGCACAAUCAAUGAACAUCCCAUUUAGUUACAAGAUAGUCAUGGUAGAAGACAUGCUAGACUUCAACAUAGAUCUCCUUGAACUCGACCGCCACGAAAAGAUCGCAGUCUACUCCUCAGUCUCAUUAUCAAACCUCAUCGUGAAACCAAACCGCCUCGAACAUCUCAUGCGAGAGAUUCGAAAGAUCAAUCCUUGUAUAACCGUCGUCUCCGAAGUCGAAGCAAACCACACUUCACUUGUGUUUGUAAAUCGUUUCAUCGACGCUUUGUUCUUCUAUGGUGCGCUUUUCGACAGUAUAUCAAUUUGUUUGGCGGGCGAUGAUCUAAACAGAAAAGUGGCAGAGUCUGUGUACUAUGAUUACUCUAUACGUAACAUAGUGGCGGCUGAAGGGGAUGAUAGAACGAUUCGACACACUGGGAUUAACGUUUGGAGGAGGUUUUUCGAUCGGUUUGGGAUGGUGGAGAUUGAAUUAAGUAGUGAAUCGUUGAAUGAAGCAAAGUUGUUGAUCGACAACUUUAAUUGCGGGAAUUGUUGUACGCUUCGUGCUGAUGGUCGAUGUUUUCUUGUUUCUUGGAAUGGUGUACCGAUCUUCUCAGUUUCCGCUUGGAAGUUCAUAUGA